CGUUCAACGCGUUUUUCGAUAAGACACUCCCUUUUCAGAUAAAAUAUUAUCAAUUUGUGCUAAUAAAUUAGAAAUAAUAAAAAAGAGAAGUGAGUAAUGGAAUCCUCUGAAAGUACAAUAUGAGAAAAAAUAUAUAUUUCUAAGGUCCUCAAAGUGCAACGUUAAUAAAAAAUCACAGAAUGUCUACUAUUUCAAGGUCAGUUCACAUCAGUCAGCAAAAGCUGGCUGAGAAACUCAUCAUACUCAAUGACCGUGGCAUUGGUAUGUUGACAAGAAUUUACAAUAUCAAGAAAGCAUGUGGAGAUGCCAAAUCUAAACCAGCCUUUUUGUCAGAUAAAACCCUGGAAUCCUCUAUCAAACACAUAGUAAGAAGGUUUCCUAAUAUUGAUGUGAAAGGCCUUCAAGCAAUUACAAACAUCAGAAAUGAAAUUAUUAAAUCACUAUCACUGUACUAUUACACAUUUGUAGAUCUUUUAGAUUUCAAAGACAAUGUAUGUGAGCUCUUAAACAUAAUGGAUGCUUGUCAACUGACUCUGGAUCUGACAUUAAACUUUGAAUUAACAAAAAAUUAUCUUGACCUUGUCACAACAUAUGUGUCUUUAAUGAUUUUGCUGUCUCGAGUAGAAGAUAGAAAAGCAGUUCUGGGAUUAUUUAAUGCAGCCCAUGAAAUGGUUAACAAUCAAAUUGAUUCCAGUUUUCCUCGAUUAGGCCAAUUGAUAGUUGAUUACGAUGCUCCAUUAAAAAAAUUGUCAGAAGAGUUUGCACCGCACCAGAAAGUUUUAUCAAGUGCUUUGAAUUCACUAUGGCAUGUGUAUCCUGCUAGAAAUCUAACUGCAGAACAUUGGAGAUCAGAGCAGAAAUUAAGCUUAGUUAGUAAUCCUACCUUGCUUUUAAAGCCAUCAGAAACUAACACUAUGUCUUGUGAAUAUAUUUCUUUGGAGUCACUUGAGAGAUGGGUCAUAUUUGGUUUUGCCCUCUGCCAUCAAAUGUUACAACAAGACCAUGCUAACAAAAUGUGGGUUAGUGCUUUAGAGUCAGGUUGGGUAGUUGCACUAUUCCGAGAUGAAGUAAUUUAUAUACAUACUUACAUUCAGAGUUAUUUCGAUGGUAUUAAAGGAUAUGGAAAAAGAAUUUCUGAAGUAAAGGAUUGUUACCAUCAUUCUGUACAAAAAGCGGGUUAUAAACAUCGAGAAAGACGAAAGUUUUUAAGAACGGCCUUAAAAGAAUUAGGUCUAAUUUUAACAGAUCAACCUGGAUUAUUGGGGCCUAAAGCAUUAUUGAUAUUUAUAGGUCUGUGUUAUGCAAGAGAUGAAGUUUUUUGGCUGCUACGCCAUAAUGACAAUCCUCCCCAAAAAGUAAAAGGAAAAUCGACAGAAGAUUUAGUUGAUCGUCAAUUACCUGAACUUUUAUUUCACAUGGAAGAGCUUCGAGCACUUGUGCGCAAGUAUAGUCAAGUUAUGCAAAGAUAUUAUGUCCAAUAUUUAUCAGGCUUUGAUGCAGUAGCACUUAAUCUGAUGAUUCAAAAUCUACAGGUCUGUCCUGAGGAUGAAAGUGUCAUUCUAUCGUCGCUGUGUAACACAGCAGCUAAUCUAAGUGUUAAACAAGUAGAAAGUAAUGAGCUCUUUGAUUUUCGUGCAUUUCGCUUAGAUUGGUUUAGAUUACAGGCAUAUACAUCUGUUAGUAAAGCACCACUUAAUUUGGUAGAUCAAAGAGAACUGUCACAAUUCAUCGAUAAGAUGGUAUUUCAUACAAAAAUGGUAGAUAAUCUCGAUGAGAUCAUGGUAGAGACAUCUGAUUUGUCUUUGUUUUGUUUUUACAGCAAAAUAUUUGAGAGCCAAUUCCAUAUGUGCUUAGAGUUUCCAGCCCAAAAUCGUUAUAUUAUUGCAUUCCCACUCAUUUGCAGUCACUUCCAAAAUUGCACACAUGAACUUUGCCCAGAAGAAAGACACCAUAUCAGAGAAAGGAGUCUUUCUGUUGUUAAUAUUUUCCUGGAUGAAAUGGCGAAAGAAGCAAAAAAUAUAAUUACAACAAUUUGUGAUGAACAAUGCACAAUGAGUGACAAGUUGCUCCCAAAACAUUGUGCACAAACAAUUGCCCAUCUUGCAAAUAGAAAGAAAAAAGAUAAAAAUAAGAAAAAUACGAGUGAAGUAAUAAAACCAGGCGCCGAAAGCUAUAGAAAGACCAGGGAAGAAUUGACUACAAUGGACAAACUUCAUAUGGCAUUAACAGAACUCUGCUUUGCCAUUAAUUAUUGUUCAACAGUAAAUGUUUGGGAAUACACUUUUGCCCCUCGUGAAUAUUUACAUCAGCAUUUGGAGACUAGGUUCUCGAAAGCGUUAGUUGGGAUGGUUAUGUUCAAUCAGGACACCAGUGAAAUUGCUAAACCGUCUGAAUUGUUAGUCAGUGUCAGAGCAUAUAUGAAUGUUCUUCAAACAGUUGAAAAUUAUGUACACAUUGAUAUUACUAGAGUAUUCAACAAUUGCUUACUACAACAGACACAAAACAUGGAUAGCCAUGGUGAGAAAACGAUCGCAUCAUUAUACACGCAGUGGUAUUCGGAGAUUUUACUAAGACGAGUCAGUGCAGGCAGCAUUUGUUUUUCAAUGAACCAAAAAGCUUUUGUGAGCCUGUCAGCUGAAGGUGCAAUUCCUUUCAACGCGGAAGAAUAUUCCGAUAUCAAUGAACUACGAGCACUGGCCGAGUUAAUUGGCCCAUACGGUAUGAAAUUAUUAAGUGAGACAUUAAUGUGGCAUAUAGCUAGUCAAGUCCAAGAACUUAAAAAAUUAGUUGUGCAAAAUAAAGAAGUGUUGCAAAUGCUACGAACUAAUUUUGACAAACCAGACAUAAUGAGAGAGCAAUUUAAGAGGCUACAGCAUGUUGACAAUGUAUUACAAAGGAUGACAAUAAUUGGUGUUAUUCUGAGUUUUCGUCAAAUAGCUCAAGAGUCGCUACUUGACGUUUUGGAACGACGUAUUCCAUUCUUGAUAAGCUCGAUCAAAGAUUUUCAACAGCAGUUGCCAAGCGGCGAUCCGACGCGAGUCAUUUCCGAAAUGUGCUCAGCUGCUGGUUUAUCUUGUAAAGUAGAUCCCACAUUAGCAUCAACUCUACGCCAACAUAAGGCUGAGUUAGAAGAAGAAGAACAUCUUAUUGUUUGCUUGCUUAUGGUAUUUGUGGCAGUUUCUCUUCCGAGACUCGCCCGUAGUGAGGGUUCUUUUUACAGACCAUCAUUGGAAGGCCAUGCAAAUAAUAUACACUGUAUGGCUCCUGCUAUUAAUCAUAUAUUUGGUGCCCUAUUUACAAUUUGCGGUCAGGCUGAUAUUGAAGACAGAAUGAAAGAAUUCUUAGCAUUGGCCUCCUCGUCGCUUUUGCGCCUUGGACAAGAAACAGAAAAAGAAGCCAUCAGAAAUCGCGAAUCUGUUUACUUACUUCUCGAUCUUAUAGUUCAAGAAUCCCCUUUCCUUACAAUGGACUUAUUGGAGUCAUGUUUCCCUUAUGUUUUAAUUAGGAAUGCUUAUCACGAAGUAUACAAACAAGAGCAAAUACUAUUGCAUUCAUAAUUAUUCAUUUUAUUUAAAAGACAAUAGUUUUAAGAAUUACGUACUUGUAGUUGUCUUUUUACUGCUAUAUAAUUAUUCCAUAGAUUUUAUUAAUAAAAUCUUAGUUUUUUAUGUUAUUCAAGAAAUACUAAUUGAAUUAUAAUUGCAUUUUCAACAGAAUAUUAAUCGAUAUUUAAUGAGACUGGUAUAGUAUUCCUUAUUAUAUAUUUUUUUGUAUAAAACUCAACAUAAAUUUGACUUUUGUUUUUUUUACUGACAUUACAUUUACUUAUAAAUUUAUAUUGGUUAUAAUUUUUAUACUUUUCUAAGAUAGUUUAUAUCAUAGAUAAUGAUAGUUUAGGCUUAGUUGUACGUUAUUUAUUCUGUUUUUUUAAAGGAAUAUAUAAUUGAAAAAUCUCAUCUUUUCCCAGCGGCACUUAGGUGGAGUUUAGCUUUACAAAACAGGCACUCGAUUGAGUUUACUCGUAAUAUAUUAGAAAGAAACAAAAAUUUGCAUAAGAGUCUAUACUAAGAUUUACUCAAAUCAUUACAAUCCAAAUAACCAUGUUUUUAUAACAAGUAAUCCUUUAAUAUACUAACUAGCUCUAUGGAAAAACAUGAUGUUAAAAAGGCAAUAUUUUUAAUUGUAUAAUUAUAUUUUAGUAUGAAUAAAAUUAUCCAUUGGUAAUAUAUUUUCUGACUUCCAUUAUAAGUUUUUUUUUUCAUAAAAUAGUGUUAAGUUUAAUACCGUAUGUGUUUAAUUUAGAUAUAUUUCGUUUUAUAUUUCUGUUGUUUAAAAAAAUAUAUCUUAAUAUUUUGUCCACCGAUUUUAUUCAGUUUAUGUACAAUAUUAUUUUUUAGCCAAAACAUUAUUUGCGGAUUAGCUUAUCUUUCAAAAACGGAUAUCCCUAACAAGUAAGUAAUAACAGCAUCAUAGUUGCGCGAAUAACAGUGACAUCAUUCGGUAUGCAUUUGUCUCAAACCAUUUAAAUGCGCAAAUAAACUGAAUUAUUUCAAUAGUCAUUAUUUAUAUCUUAACGAAGUCUUAGUUAAUAAAAAAAUCGAAACAAAUUGCUUAGUUUAGUAACCUUUUAUUAAAUCGGUUGAUUGUUUUCACGCAACAAUGAUGAAAUUUUUGUGUCUACAUAAUGUUAUGUACACCUACUUUUUUAUUACGAAAGAAUAGCAUAAUAGAUCCAAAAUUUAAAGAAGCUUGUAUUGUAUAAUAUUUGUUGAUAAAAAAUUUGCUUGCAACGGAAAAACAAACAUCGAUGUCACUAUAUACACUUUUUCAUAUUUAUAUUAAAACUAGUUCUCAUUGAUAGAAACUUUUGCAACCAAUAAAAAUAUUGCAAAAAUAAAAUAUGUUUAUUAUUAAGAUUAACUUUUGUAACUUGUAUAUAAUUAUGA